AAUAAUAAUAAAGAAAUUCACAACCAAAUCAAUUUUCGCUCCAGAAGCAUCAACUUACCAAUUCUAUUGAUCUCCGCUCUGCUCUUAACCUCCACCGGUUCCGAUAUCAAUGGCAAUCCAAUCAUCAUGCCGCUACCUAACCCUAAUUUCCCUCGUAUUCACAACUCUGUCCUUUACCGCAGCUCUGUUCUCCGCACCGGACAUCAAUUCCCCUCCCCAUCCAAAAGCAAUCUCCGAUUUGAAGGAAGCGAUUGUGAAGGGCUUAGGGUUUCAAGCGGAUGAUUUCAAGAUAUCUGGUUUUGAUUUGAGAGACGCACUCGUGGGCCAUUCGGUGGCUUAUGAAUUUGAUGUGGAAGUUGAUAAUAAGGUGUUUCCGUUCAAGUUAUUGGAGGAUGUGAACCGGUGGGAGUUUGUUGAUUUACCUAUUUUUAGAGUUGAAGACCCGAUUAGACCCGGUGAUGAAAACGGGUUGGUGGAGCAGAAAAAGGAUGUCAAUGGAUCACCUGUUUUAGCUCCGUUUCAGCUUGCUGGACCCAUGGAGAUAUGGAUUCAGGAUGCCAAAGAUAUGCGCCUUUCAUUGCCGCACGAUGUUGAUGCUGGUGUUUUGAAAAAAGUAAUUUUAGCUGAUGGCGCUGUGGUUACGGUGAAGGGUGCGAGAUCAGUUAGUCUGCGUCACCCUGUUGAUCUUCCAUUGCCUCUAAAUCGAACUCAAUCUGGUUUUGCUUCUGGUCUUCUUGCCUUAGCUGAACAGCUACGUCGUGCUACUCGCUCUGAAGAAGCUCCCCCCCUCUCCCUGCGCAUUGUUGGGCCCACGUCACUCACGUCUCCUUCCUCAUCAUCACAAUCUUCCAAUAACAGGCUCAAGCUGAAGCGCCUUGCUCCUGGACUUGUGGAACUAUCCUCGCCUGCAAAAUCCCAACCUGUUGAUUCCCUCCCCGCUGUUGAUUUGGAACGUGCUACAACUGUCCUGACUCCCAAACAUUUCACUACAAUGUGGCCAUUUGUUUCUGUGAACGGCUCGAACUCAAAUUUGGUUGGUUUCGAGAAAUUGCUUGCCUCAGUUUUGGGGUCCAAGGCUAAUAAGAAAGGUUCCUUAAAGUUGUUGAAGGCAGAUGUGUCAGCUCAGACAUUUGUUAAGAUAGGUUUUGGUGUUGAGAAGUUGUUGAAAGAAGGAGAUGGGCUUGAUUUGGAGGCUGUUCCUUGGUGGAGGACGAAGCCUGAGAGUGUGAGGAUGCAUUUUGAGGUAUUGGCUAAGGUCGAUGGCCAGAAGGUUGUUCCAGAGAGAGUGGUGCAGGUUAAUCCUGUGAUUAUAGAGGACACCGUGGCUCCUCAUCUGCUUACAGGAAAUGUGAGCAUGUCCAGAACUCCUGUUGUUCACCCUCCUUCCAAUCCUUUCACCACUUAAACCAUUGGCCGGGGACUUAAUUUUGGCAAAUUUGCUGGAGAAACUGUAAAUUUCCCCCCCUUUCCAGUUAUACACAAUGAGAUAGUAGGGAGAUGUAAACGAAGAUCUGAAGAGGUCCUUAUUGUUUGUUCUACGAGUGAUAAUAUGAGAGCCUUCAUCUUGUGGUGUUACUUGUUAAUCAUGUGUUGUUAUCAACCUUUU